AUGUCCGUCCUGCGCCACGGAGGAAGCGGCGGCUUCCUCCAGCGCCGCCUCACCAAGUUAUAUACCGACACCAAGACAUCCUGCGAAAGUGUCACCACCGCUUCGAAAGCAGUCGACGAUCCGGAACUUGUAGCUCUGCAUCAGAGUUUUCAGAAACAACGGGAUCGGCUGUUGGCCUGGGGUCUGGACUGGAGCGACGCCAGUGCCGCUCAGCCCAACGAUAUCGAUGAAUCUUUGACCGCGGCGGGAUUCAGUGAUGUGGUCGAGAGCGUCAUGUCUACAAUCCAGGAUCUGCUCAAUGACGCCGAGCGAGUUCAGCGUCUUGACCCUCCUAUGCACCCUCCGAAAGACCGCAAGGUGGACCUGUCGAAACAAGCCCUCGGAAGCGGACCUCUAAAGACCCAGUGGACAGAGGACGACAUCAGCCGCUCAAAGAUCAUAUUGAGUGACCUGACGGCCUGCAUUGAUACGUUAUAUGACCUGUCCCGCUCGCGGCGAACAAUGGCUUCCAGCAUGUCUUCAACGAAGCGGCGCGCUCGACCUACCCCGGCCUCACCGUUUGACUCCCCGCAUGGCUCGUUUUCGGAAUCGAAGGAAAAGAUCCAGAGUCCGAAGAUACUUGACCAAUAUACACAAUCCCCCACUAUGCAGCGUGACUUCAGCGCUUCAUUUCCCUCGACUCACCAUCUCGUCAUUCCACGAUCUGCUUUACAGCUAUACGGGGCCGCCGAUGAUAACAGCCCGCCACCAUACGAACCAGUUGCUGCAUCUUCGAACUCGCGUGCCAUUGGUCGAUUGAAUACUUCCGCCUCACCUGCUCUGCAGGCCUUUACCAAAGAAUCUCAUGUCUCAGUCCUGGUUGAGUUUAUGCCUAUUAUGGUGGAUUCAAGAAAAGACACCAAGAAUUUCCGGCUGGAAAAGCUGCAACAAUCUCUCGAACAACUAUUACAGAAUGCCAGAAUCUCCCAUCUCGGUCUCUUAAGAUUCUUGGGGUAUUGCAUUGAUGAGCCCAACGCCCGUUACGCCUUCCUUUAUCAAAUGCCCGUUGAUUACUUCCCGUUUUUACGCAACCCAAGCGAUCUAUUGAAAGAACUGAAGCCAAUGCCCCUCGUAUCGCUCCUCCCUUCCCCUUCCUCGGAUGACUAUCGUGAGAAGCGGAUGCCCAACCUCGAGAUCCGCUUUCGGCUUGCCUAUGACCUAUUGAUGUCUGCCUUGCAUCUCAGAAGCCAAAAUGCUGUGCAUGGUAACAUCAACAGCAGUAACAUCAUUUUCUUUCCCGGUAGGACAGAUGCAAAUAACGAUGAAAGUGGUCUCUCUCCUGAUCUUCGUCGUCCUUACUUGACUUCCCCCGCCCGCUUCUCUGGAGAUGGACCUACCCCCGAACCAUUGAGUACAGCCAUGUAUCGUCAUCCCGAAGACAAGAGAAAUGUCGACGAUGAUGGCGCAUGGGCCUACGACCUAUACUCCCUCGGUUUGAUUCUGCUGGAGAUUGGUCUGUGGGCACCGGUCGGGCGCCUGUGGAAGAUGAAGUACGACCGCUCUUGGUUUAAACACCGCGUCGAAGAUCUCUAUGUCAAAAAACUUGGUGCAAAAUGCGGCGGUGCAUACCUUCAGGCUGUGCAGCUUUGUCUCGAUGCACCCAACUUCCAUCUUUCUACGCAACCCAUGACCGAUCUCUCUCUCCGUGUUCCUCAAAUCUACCAUUACCCCGUCCUCGACUUAUCCGAUCCUGAUGGGACAUUCUCUUUUUCCAUGAAUUUCAUGUAUACCAUCUGCAAGAUCCUUUGGUCAUGCUGUCGGAUUGAUAUCUUCUCUGCGCCGCCUGCCGAAGAGCUGGAUGACUGCCUCCCACUAGCUCUUGUUCCGACCCCCGAACCUACGCCCACAAACGAGCAAGUGGACGCAUAUAUAUCUGCCUGCGAGCCAACUAAUAUAGGCCAAAAGAUGCCGAUUGUUCCGAGUCAUCAGUGGGGUGCAGGCACACCGGAAAAAAGCCUAGAGAAACCUGCUAAGAAACGUACCGUCAAGCGUAUUCCCAACUUGGAUAUCCCCGACGAUCAUCUACACGAGUGGAACAUUCAGUUGAUGCCGAAAUUGAGCCGACUCCUACAAAAGAUUCUGAAAGAGUCAAAUGAAUCCUGUGGAGCCACCCUCAUGAUGACUGGAGAAUCACCGGACACCGCACGGACCACAAUCUGUGUUACCUGUUCCAGUGUCAAGAAAGUCAGAUCUGCGCUGAAGAAACACUUCCAGCUGGGUCGUGAUGAUUGGGAUCUGAUUGUUAUCCGGGGGGAUAUCGAAAGGUCCAAGGUCCCCCACAAACGCCGUAGGCCAGCGAAGACUCGUCCUAAUGGAUCUAACGAGACGCCCUUUCGUCAACGAGAACUCAACCCAUGUUAUCAGCAACGGCCUUUGUGUGGAGCCUCGAUUGGUGCCUUUCAGAACGAAGAACAUCUGCCUCCUGUCUCAUAUGGUGGCGCAGUCCUAGUUGAUGGAAUGCCCUAUGGUCUGACAGUCCACCAUAUGCUCGAGGCACCGAGUGACGAUGAAGGCUCCGAGACCAAUGAUCAAGAUGUUCCAGCUCGUUCUUCGGGUAAUCGACCUCGUGACACAUCUAACGCUUCGAUCUCGAAUUCUAUGCACGCUUAUCCUGAAGAUGAUCGAUCUGAAGCCAAUUUGGAUCUUGAGAUUUCAGAUCUUGAGGAUGAUGAUGCUUCAACAUCGCCGGGCCCGGACGGUGACGAAUACUGGCUGUCGGAAGAUGAAUCCUCUGACGAUGAAUCUAUUGAUCCUGACAACGAUGAUGAUGAUGCUGCAUCGAUAGGUGACACCACCGGCAUUGACCCAGGCGAAGAGCCACGGCUUUUUGUCACGCAGCCAGCCAUUGAUGAUGUCCACGAGGAUUUUUUUCCGUCCCCCGAAGACCGCGAUGAUGAGCACCUUGCCUCACAUUCGUUAGGUUACAUCCAUGCAUCAUCGGGUGUACGGCGCUGGACGUGGAAGGGGAUCAAGCAUGAGAUUGAUUGGGCGCUCAUAAAAGUCGACGACGCCCGCAUGGAUCCUCGGAAUAUCAUCAUUGAUAACACCACAUCCUCCCCCGCGAGGCCCACCCCCGGACGAUCCGCUCAACCCCCACCCAUAUUUCUGAACCAAAUUGCGCGAAUGGAGGAACUGGGUGGAUUGCAAGUUCAUUGCUGUGGCCGUACAAGUGGCCUACAAUCAGGUUUAAUAUCUAAAGCAAUGACGCUUGUCAAGUUGCAUGGGCGGCACUCCUUUUCGACUAGCUUUUGCGUCAACGGGAACUUUGGAGCCCCCGGCGACUCUGGCGCAUGGGUCUUUGACAGAGCAACCGGUCGCGUCUGCGGCCACGUCUUGGCUUGGUCCGAGAAAACCAACACCACCUACAUCGCUCCCAUGGAGGUCACCGUCGAAGACAUUACUCGCACCCUCAACGCUUCUCUCGUCUCCCUCCCUGGCGAUCCCACUCGGUCCGCAGGCUAUAUUGCCUCUGCUUCGUCACAACCAGCCCAGUACCUCUACCAGUCACAGCAACUUCCAGGCGACUUCAGUCGUCUGACUGUUGGUGGUCCUUCGAUGCCUACGCAUCCCUUGUCCCAUCACCAUCCUCACCCUCCGGGCUUCGGUCGCCCUCGACCACCACCUCCCCCUCCUCCACGACCCGGUUCCAGAGAAGCUCAUGGCUUCCGUGGUCGCGUGUCACCAAUCCCACCCUCCCUUUUGACUGGCCCCCGGAACGUUGAACGCCAGCUUGCUUGA